UGCAAUGCAUUUGCGAUAGAUCUAAUAGCCUUUGAAGGCAUUAAAAGUUUAAAACCAUAAAAUUUGAAAUAGAAAUAAGAAACAUCCUCUUUUUUCUCCUCAAAUCGAUUGAUUUGUUGUUCGAGCCCUAGAUUUAAGACUUCUUUCAGCUUAGGGAGCGUCAGAUUGUUUAUAGUUCUUAUACUAUCUUCCUUUUUGUGAAUUAAAAUGGCGAGGGUGAUGAGAAGUUGCAUACAAUCGAUAUUGAAACUGGUGAACUCGGUGAUUGGGAUGGCUGGGUUAGCCAUGAUUCUAUACUCUGCUUGGAUGAUUAGGGUGUGGCAGAGGAAGAUGGGUGAACUUCCUUUUGGUCAUGAUUCUGAUUAUCCACCUCCCUGGUUUAUCUACACCUUUCUAGGCCUCGGAGUUACAUUCUGUGUAAUCACUUGUUCGGGUCAUGUUGCUGCUGAAACUGCUAACGGCUGUUGCUUGUAUUUGUAUAUGGUGUUUGUGGUUUUGCUUCUCAUGCUGGAGGCUGCAGUUUCUAUUGAUGUAUUUCUAAACCGGGAUUGGAAGGAGGACUUCCCUAAGGACCCCUCAGGGAAUUUUGACCAGUUCAAGAAUUUCAUCAAAACAAACUAUAAUUUGUGCAAAUGGAUAGGCCUAUCGCUUGUUUCUGUACAGGGAUUCUCUCUAUUAUUGGCAAUGAUACUCAAAGCUCUCGGGCCACAUCAAUAUUAUGACAGUGAUGACGAAUAUGCUCCUGACAGGGUGCCACUCUUGAAGAAUGCUCCACCUCCAUAUGUUGAACAAGGAUAUGGGUAUGGGCCAAAAAAUGAUGCAUGGAUUGGGGUUAACAACAAGACAAAUAGGUAAGGCCGAAGGUUUCACUUGAACCUCUCGACGUUUGGAGCCAAAGGAGAAAGACAAGGGUAACAUGAUUCCUUUAGAGGAUCUGUUGGCUGGAGAUGGAUUAGCUAUUGAAUUAAUGGCCAUGGGUGUAACAUAUGCUUACUCAGUGACUCUUCUUGGUCUGUUACACCUAACUCGUGCAGUCGUGAGCAAAUAUAUGCAUUGUCUGAUUCAUGUUUGUAAAUGAUAUAUAAAUCCUGAUCUCUUGACCAACCCUUGCAUCUUCUGUUGAAAGAAUCUCACUAAGUUGCGUCAAUAGAUAUCAAAUCAAUAUUUAUUUUGGUUAA